AUGCCUCCCAGGACACAGAAGCUCAAUUAUUUCUUCCAACACUGCAAGGUGGUUGUCACCAUCUUCCUUCUACAGAUCAAAGAACCCAGCAUCAGAGAAGGGGUCGCCAGAGGACACCGGGGCCAGCGCCAGGCCUCAGGAAGGCGGCUCCAGGAAGGCGGGCUAGAAUGUGAGUGCAAAGACCAGUUCCAGAAACUCCCUAAAGGAAAAUUUAUGGCAUUGGCAGUGCUCGGGUCGCCAAAGAAACAGUGUCCCUGCGAUCACUUCAUGAGCAACAUGAAGAAAAACAGGCACCGAAGGCACCACAGGAAGUCAAACAAGUACUUCAGAGCCUGCCAACAGUUUCUCCAACAGUGCCAGCUGGCAAGCUUGGCCCUGCCCUUUUAG